ACGAACACGCUGUCGAACUGGCGGUUGCCCGUCUUCACCGGGAGACCGACUCUCACGUCCGGGUUCCCCGUGGCGUCCACCGACAUGAUUCUGACCAUGACCCCCUCCCAGGUCCAGUCCCUGAGCAUCCACGAGCCGUCCUUCGCGGUCAUGACCACGUCGUGGUGGGGAUACGCGGGCCUGGACGUGGGGUUCAUCUUCGAGCCGAUCCCGAUGCAGAAGUUGCUGCUGCCUAUGUUCGAGAUCAUCGACUUCGUCGUGCCGUGGGGCCCGAGGGCGCCCCCGUCGUCCACCACGUACUCUCAUUCAUGUACGUGGUCGACGGCGCGCCGUUGUUGGGAGUCUCGAUCAGGGCCUUGUUCAGAUCCGGGCCCAUGGACAUCAUGGUGGGGACGAGCAUGGGGUUGAGCGGGCCGCUCUCCUCGAGCAUGCAGUUGAACAGGAGCACGUUCAGGUCCCUGAUGUGGUACACCGUCGUGGACGCGCCCGCCCGGGGCUCCGAAGACGUGAUCAUCGUCGUACCCGUGACGAGGUCCCCGGUGGCGUUCAGGAUCCCAUCCUCGGCGGUGACGGUCAACCCCACCGGGAAGGCGGGCUCGGUGCCGGACAUUCUCGGACCAGGCCGUGUACCUGUCCCCGUGCGGGACGGUGGCCUUGACCAGAGGCGUGACUUCGUGGUUGCUCAUGGUCAGGGAGGUGUCCGAGAUGUCGUCGUUACCCAUCAGCAUCGUUCUGAGCGUGACCACGCUCCCGUACGGGGUCUCGAGCGUGUGGUUCACCCUGUCGUCGUCCGGGUAGGCGGGGAGGGUGGGGCUCUCGCUGCCGUCGGCCCACACGAACAGACACCUCGUCCAGAACACGGCGUCCGUCUCGGGUAUCCUGGACGUUAUGGGCUCCCGGCUGCAGGCGGUCAGCUGCCUCUCCUCGGGCGCUGAGUAUGGUAAACACGACCAGCACCUCCAUCAAGAGUCGGGACAUCCGGCCUCGUUCGGUGCGUGGACGGCGGACCUCCGCAGAUUCCUUUGGGCCGCCUUGGCGGAAGUGGCGCGGAGAAAAUGCAGCGCAGCGGCGGCAACGCCUUGUCUCCGUGGAGAGGGCACCGCUGCCUGGGCUCUCGCGUAAAGUCGAAAGCGGGCAACAAGGCCACACCCAACCCACGACCCUGCGCGACUUCAGACAACUGA